GGAACAGAUCACCAAGUCUCGUCCUUUCACUGGGAAAGAUGAGGCGCACACUUUUGUGCUGAGCACCAUGAAACUUAUGAGCAGAAGUAGGACAUCGAUUCCUACUGCGUCUACGAUACGAUGUUCGCAAUUGCAACAACACCAGCCAAGCAAAGUGUUGGUGAAACGAUAACAACUCUCUCCGGCCGACUGGCCUCUGCUACCCUUCUCGAGGAUCGUCGCGCUGCUAUAUUAGGGUUGCGAAGCUUUGCAAAGGAGUAUCCAGCUUCUGUCGCCUCUGAUGCGCUGCGUGGAUUGAUAGGAAGUCUCAGCAAAGAUGGUGAAGAUGUCGAUACAGUCAAGGUCACUCUUGAAACACUUCUUAUGCUGUUCAACCCGAACGAGAAUAGUCCUGAAGCUUCGGAAGAGAUUGCACUCUGGCUUGCAGACGAAUUUACACAACGGCAGGACAAUAUCACUUUGCUGCUGGAUUUUCUGGAUACUCAGGACUUCUACUCGCGUCUCUAUUCGCUACAGCUUCUCUCUGCAAUUCUGUCCUCUCGAACUGAACGUACGGAAGAAUGCAUAUUCAUAGCGCCUUUGGGGAUAUCUAGGCUUGUGGCUGUUCUAGAUGACAAGAGAGACGCCAUCAGGAACGAGGCAUUGUCCUUGCUCACUUACUUGACACCCACCUCCACAGAACUGCAAAAAAGGGUGGCAUUUGAAGACGCAUUCGAUCGAAUUUUCAACAUAAUCUCAUCCGAGGGCUCUCUUCUACAAGGGGACAGAGUAGUAGAGGACUGCCUAAUUCUUCUAGCAAAUUUGCUUCGAUUGAAUGUUUCUAAUCAAUCUUUUUUUAGAGAAGCAGGAUGCGUACCCAAAGUUGCGAAGUUACUUGGUGAUACUGUCAAAGAACAAAGCACCGAGGGAGAAAUUGCGGAUUGGGCCAAGGUUCAGAGGAAUAGAAACAUUUACGCUUUGCUUGCGGUCCUCAGAUUGUUCCUUGUUACUGGAGGGCUCGGCACCCAAGCAAAUCAGGCGUCAUUCUGGCAACAUGGUGUUUUAUAUCAAGUUCUUCACUUAGCAUUCAGCCGAUCAACAGAAAUGCAAAUAAAGGCUGAGGCGUUAAUCACAUGUGCAGACUUGAUUCGAGGUAAUCCUAGUCUCCAAGAAGGAUUUUCACAGUUCAGAGUCACAUCAGUCCUCGACGAGCCGCUCGAAGAAGGACAUGAGAAUGGUCAGCAAAACGGGAUUCCACAAGUCUAUGUGAUUGAUGGUCUACUUGACCUCACGCUCAGUGUCCCGUUAAUGGGAGCGUUUGAUUGCCGACUUGCUGCAUGUGAAUGCAUCAAAGCAUACUUUUACAACCAUCCAGUUAUCAGAAAACACUUCCUGCGCCGUGCUAUCGAUGGACAUAAUGCUGGUGCCGACGAGACUGCUAACGUUUUGACCACUCUACUGCAGCCACUUGACGUUCAGGCAUCUGGUGACCCUUAUCGCUAUUGGUUUGCAGCUGUAAUCCUGUUCCAUCUGUUGUUCGAAGAUGCCAACGCGAAAGCUCUUGCUAUGAAGGUUACCGAGGGAGAUGCAUCCGAAGGAGAAGAAGAGGUCACUUGCAUACAGACUUUGACCGGAAACCUGGUCGUUGGAGUACAGAAAAACGUUGACGAACGUGUUCUUGUUGCAUACCUGAUGCUGCUAUGCGGAUGGUUAUUCGAAGAUCCAGAUGGGGUUAAUGACUUUCUUGGCGAAGGGAGUAAUCUUCAGAGCCUGGUACAAGCUGCGAUGGGAAAUGUAGGCGAUGGUACCAUUGUCCAGGGAGUGUGCGCUCUACUGUUGGGCAUCAUCUAUGAAUUCUCCACCAAAGAUUCGCCUGUACCCAGAGCCACCAUACAUCCAAUCAUCAUGACGCAAAUGGGCCGAGAGAGAUACAUCGACAAGAUCACAAAAUUUCGAAGUCACACUUUACUUCGUGAUUUCGAGGUUUUUCCCCAGAAGCUUGGUUCUGCUGUUGCAGGUGGGCUUCCAGAGGUAUACUUCGACGCGACCUUUGUUGAUUUUGUCAAGGAUAAUUCCAGCCGCUUACUUCGAGCCAUUGACCGUGAUCCUGGAAUGGAAAUUCCUGUUAUUACGAACGGAGUACAGAAGGGAAUCUCCCGGGAGAUGGUAGAUUCGUUACGAUCUCAAUUAGCAGAAAAGAGUAAUGCCUUACAAAAAGCCGAAGAAGAUUUGGUAUCUCUUGGUAGGCAACUAGGACAAGAACAAGCAGACCACCGAAAAGCCAAAGAAAUGGCUGCUGUGGAACUUGCGCGGAUCAAGCAUGUAAAUGAUGCCCUGCAGCGACACUAUGAGGAAGAUUUGAAAAAACUGCGUUCAGAGCAGACUCGUGCAGCCCAAGAUCGUCAACAACAGCUCGAACAGGUUCAGAAAACGGCGGAACUGAAUUCUGAACGGACACGGAAGCGUACAGACGCUGAAAUUGCAGAUUUACAAAGCACAAUCCGCAAGCUAGAAUCAGAUCUCGAAAAGGCAAAUAAGAACCACGUGCAAGAUCUUCAGACCGCACAUGAGGAAUAUACGACGAGUAAGACUGAUCUGGCAGCUCGUUUGCAACGAAGUGCAGAGAAAACGAAAGACCUUGAGGCCAGAAUUCCAGCUGCAGAUCUCAAGGUUGCAAAAGCCGAAGCCUCGCUGCUCGAAAAGGAGCAAGAGAAGCAGAGUGUCCAAGGCGAGCUUGAUGACCUCCUAAUGGUCUUCGGUGAUUUGGAAGAUAAAGUGAAGCAGUAUAAAGAGAGACUUCAGCAACUGGGAGAAAACGUGUCAGAUGGAGAGGAGGAGGAAGAUGGAGAUGAGGAGGACGGCGUCGAUUGAAGCGAUGGCUGUUUGUAUCAUAUUGUCAUAUAGCACAGCAGCGGCGUACAAAAUAGACGUUGGGACAUACCCGAAGCAAAUCGAAAUACCAAUGGAUGGUUCAACUAUUCAUGUACUGCCGAAAUUGGUUAUAAGCUAUAUCAUUUUCGAAAUUCCAUUUUAAUUCAGAG